AAUUGGGGGAACUACACACCGUGGUGUGAAUGCGUGAGGCAAAACAAAAAGAGAUGGGCACAGAAGGAAAAUAAUGAGAUCAUGUUGGAGAGUGAUGAAAAAAGAUUGGUGGGGAUUAGAAUGCACUUACACUUACAUGCGCACUAAGAAGAAAGCACACAAAGGCACAAUUUGAAUCAAAACAAAAUCCCCUGACUCUGUGGGCCCAUUUCCACCAUAGCCAAGAACCAGCACCCACCUCAACACUCACCACAUCAUUGCCAUCAAGAAUUUUCUUGUACUCUUUCUUGCUUUCAUCAACAAUUGCACCCACAACACAAUUCUUACCAACAACAUUUCUCAUUUUCCAGAAAAAUCCAUCACUUAAAACAGAGUGUUUCUUUGUUUUUUCCUCUCUUAAUUUGGGUCUAAAUCUUCUUUCUAAAAGACUAAUAUAACUUUUCUUUGGUAAUGGGAGGUUGGUGAGUAAGUGGGUCUUGGUCUGUUUCUGGAUUUAGUGUGAUGGGGAAUUGCUGGUGUGGGUGGGAACCCUCUGUUUACAGAGUCUCAUCCAAUGCAAAGUCAGAACAAAGCCCAUCAGUGAGAGAGAGGAAGGAGGAUAGUAAGUUACCAUCAAAUCCAGAAGAAGUGGAAGACCUACGCCGUGAUUCAGCAACAAAUCCAUUGAUUGCAUUCACCUUUAAUGAACUAAAGAUAAUCACAGGAAACUUUAGGCAUGACCGAGUGUUAGGAGGAGGAGGAUUUGGAAGUGUUUAUAAAGGGUUUAUUUCUGAGGAUUUAAGAGAAGGGCUUCCUCCCAUUCCUGUAGCUGUCAAGGUCCAUGAUGGUGACAAUAGUCAUCAAGGCCACAGAGAAUGGCUGGCAGAAGUCAUAUUUUUGGGGCAGCUUUCUCAUCCAAAUUUGGUAAAAUUGAUUGGAUAUUGCUGUGAAGACCAACAACGGGUACUAAUAUAUGAAUAUAUGGCUCGGGGAAGUGUGGAAAACAAUCUUUUUUCAAGAGUGUUGCUUCCUUUGCCAUGGUCCAUUAGAAUGAAAAUUGCAUUUGGUGCUGCAAAAGGACUUGCCUUUCUCCACGAAGCUGAGAAACCUGUCAUCUAUCGUGAUUUUAAGACAUCUAAUAUUCUGUUAGACUUGGACUACAAUGCAAAGCUCUCUGACUUUGGCCUUGCAAAAGAUGGACCAGUGGGAGACAAGUCUCAUGUUUCUACUCGCAUAAUGGGAACAUAUGGAUAUGCUGCACCUGAGUAUAUUAUGACGGGCCAUCUAACUCCUAGAAGUGAUGUUUAUAGUUACGGUGUUGUUCUUCUUGAACUUCUGACUGGAAGAAAGUCUUUAGACAAGUCACGACCAGCACGAGAGCAGAACCUAACGGAUUGGGCUCUACCAUUGCUUAAAGAGAAAAAAAAAUUGCUCAAUAUCAUUGAUCCAAGACUAGAAGGAGAUUAUCCUAUCAAAGGAGUUAACAAGGCUGCCAUGCUAGCUUAUCAUUGCUUAAACCGGAAUCCAAAGGCAAGGCCUCUAAUGAGAGAUAUUGUGGACUCCUUGGAGCCUCUACAGGUUUCUACUGAGGUUUCAACUGAAAAAACUAUGCCUACUGUAAUAAUUGAGGUUCCAAAUGCUGAGUUAAAAAGAAAAGAAGAUGCAUAGAGUAACUAAAUUGAUCCUGGUUUUUCUCAUUUAAGCUUCUCCAGCUUAAAGGGAGAGUUUUUGUAUUAGGUAGCUUCUUUUUAAUGUGGGUUUGGAAGGAAAAUUUUAUGCUUGGUUAUUUUUUUCCUUUGGCUAUAACAUGUUGGUUGCAGUUA